AUGGAUAUUCCACCCCUCAAUCGACCCGCCAGCCGCGACAAAAGCAUCGGUGAGAGCUUCACGAUGCGUCCUCGAGCUGGAAGUGCGAUAGACCCGACCGUCAACGGGCUGAUGGCUCGGGGAUCUGACGAGAAUCGGUCUCCUGCUACCGUCCCGAGGGCAUUCAAAAGCAUGCUGAAGACUACGACAGAGACCGGGGAUAUCGGAAUGUUCUCCAUCAAGCCGUCUCGCGUUCCACAAUCCAUGAGUACCCCUCGAAGAAUUGGUGCGAGCUACAAUGAAGACGGCUUGCAGAAAUCGAGACAAACCUUCCAUCCGUUUGGAGUACCCAAUGUCGACGACAGGCGGCGAUUGCCUUCGUAUGCGAGAGAUACCACAUCAGAGGUCAUUUCCAUGUACGAGACUGCAAGCCAGAAAUCUGCUAGUCGACUCUUCAAUGACCCUGACUAUCGAUCUUAUUCCAUGACACAAACAUCAUAUUCAGCUUACACCUUGUCGAAUCAUCGCUCAUAUGCAAGUCUCCGAAGCCAACAAGACGGCAGUGGACACCUUCAACGUCCGCGGUCUCCCUUCGCGUAUCCUGCACGGCUCAGGCGCCCUGGUUUUCGUCCAUCAUCCCCAGCACUGACAGAUGGUGGUAUUGUUGAUUACAGCCGCCGUGCAGAGAUUGAUCGAAAGGCCUAUGGAGGUCAUAGUACUUCUUCACCAUCAUCUCUUUACGCUCAAAAGCGGAAGCCUCCCUUGUCACUUCGCCAAGACGCCAACAGAUCUACUCAUUCUCUUCUCAGCCAACCUUCACCUCCACGCCGAUCUCCGAGUCCUGGCCUAAGGCAAAGCAGCGGAAAUAUAGCCCAGGACUGGAGUCGGAGAAAUGGCUCGUCCGGAAAUACCUCACCUGCUCGAAGCACCUUCAGCCUUGCCUCAACAGUCAAUCUUUACGCCACUGUGUCCGGGACAUCGAAUGCCACAACACCAGGAAAAUUGGCCCCGCCUUCUCCGCUGUACUACGACUACACGGAAGACUUUGAGGUCGAUGGCUACAACCGGGCAGAAGAGUCGCUGGGUUCACCGCCACAUUUCAGUAUCGACAAAACGAUUCCCGAGGAGCGGCGCGCAAGUGCUGAGCGUCCUCCAUCCAUGGAAUCUCGGGUGCAUCGAUUGAGCAGUAGUCCUCGACCUCCUUCUUCCCCAACACCAACACCGGCUAACCCAAAGCCAUUGGAAGGCACCCAAAACCGAAUGGUGGCUCUGCUGAGUGGAGAGCAGUUUGAAUCAGUCCAGCCUUCACACAACAAGAGACAUACUUCAAUCCGAGAAACCAACAAUUCCAUCGAUAAGAAGAUUGUGAGAUUGUCAGGUCUAGGAUUCGGGGCUCAAGAAUUGAGUACACAUGUUGAAGAAGCUUUUGGACUUCUCCCAACGAAUUCGUUCGAGGUUUCCGUAUCUCAAAAUGAGUCAGAAGAGGUUACUUCUGGAAACCUGAAUGGUGAAGUACUUGGAGGAAAAAGGGGCAAGAUUGCAGAAACUCAGUUCAUGUCGAGCUUCUCCAACAGAUGUGAUGCGUAUCCACCUCGUUUAUCGUCCCUUCCUUCAACCAGAAGUGGAUCACGGACCGAUGCCAUCACAACUCAUGAGGGAGAGCGGAGCAUAGACACCACGACCCAUGCCCGGGCCUCCCCAGAUCCGGUCCAGCUUCCUCGGGCUUCGACUUCUCUGCCUGACUCUUCCAGGUCGAGAGAUAUGGAAACAGCUGCACAGGGGUCAAACUUCGCGUCUGCGUCGACUUCAAGCCAGAGUCGACUCCGCUCUAGCAGUGGAUUCAAACCCAUGGAUCCAGGAUUUGCUGAGUUGACCGACCUCCUAAAAACUCUUGAGCAAUCAAAUCGAGGAAGACACCCCGCGAAGGCGCAGCCGGUGUUCACAGCUCCUAUUGAGACCCCAAUCUUAACCCCACCCUACCCGAAUGGGUCGGUGCUAUGCAGCACAAAUAUAAAUCACGCUCAGUCGCCUAUCAUCACUUCCUCCAAUAGACCCUCUACAAAAGAACUUCAUGCUAGCACUCAGAUUCAACCAACGAAGCGAAAUCAGCUUUAUAAUGGAGGUCGAAAAGCAGUUGCACCGACUCUUGCGACAUAUGAAGGAUUUGAUGCGCCCAUAUUCAACAACCAAACGGCAAUACGAGCUAUACCACGUUCCAGUUCUCCAAUGCUCGCCCCGAAGCCAAUAUCACCAGCAAGGCAAUUGAAAUUGAAGAACAGUGUUCCCCAAUUGAUGAAGGCUCUGCCAACUCUGCCGGCUGAACCGCUGGUCCGAGCCACAUCACCAAUUAAUGCCCUCAAAUCAACUGCACAUGAGAUGCCAUAUCAUUUCUCUCCCUUGAUACCAGAGCUGAGCCCUCCGCCGGUGCAAGAAUCACGCCACGAAUCCCACAAGGUCGUGUCGGCCCAAGGGCCUCCGGUUCCUCCAAAGGAAGAGGUAUUAAAGGCUCGGGCUGCGUUUGGGUCACGAUCUAGUGAAGCUAUUUCGGAGCAGCCACCGUCUUCAGGUUCGCCGACAAUAUCACAACCUCUGCCCCGCCUCAAACUCAAGAUGAAGAGUUUUACGAAUCUGCGACCGCGUUCCCCACCCAGUCCCAGACCGUGGGAGAGGGAGGAGAUUCAAACUUGCUCGAUUCCUGACCCAGACGCUCCUGUACAGGAACCGGCCCAAAGCGAGAAACCUGCAAACCCUAAGCCACCAAAGUUCAGACUGAAGAUUACUCGAGCAUCCACUUCUACCUUUGGGACUGUUCGUGUGAAUCGAGAAUCUGGAGAAUCAGGGGUGGCUGCAGGAUUCCAUUUACCCAGCCACAAAGACUUGUUCACAUCCACUUCUGGAAUUGACAACAUUUUCCGACAAGUAAGCCAGCAUCUUCACUCUAGAAAGACUAGUGUGGCCAGCAAUACUGGAUCCGAGUCCUUUCGUCCCUCAACGUCAUUGCUAAGUCCAAAGUCGCAUCUUGCACCUAAAACCACAUCUCCGACCAUGGAUUUCGACAUUUCAAAACCUCAGUCAACAAAACCCUUACUUGCCCAUGAGGCUCGUAACGUCCUUUCUGACAAUACUUCUCAUAUGCAAGGCCAUGGUGGUAUGCGAGGCAGACUUUCCAAUUUGACGGCUCGGGUUGCACCUCCCUAUGCCAAUAGGAUUGGGUCACAAUCGUACGAUGAUCUCACGUGGAGAGACAGAAAUCUACCAGAGGCUACAGCACCAAUAGCACAGAGAUCUGCAUGUAAUCUGCACAGCAGGAGCAAAAGCACCGAGUCCAAACCUCUUCGCCGUUUUGCCGAAAGAAUGCAUCACCAUAGAUUGAGAGAGAAAGUCCAAGGAUGGGUUAAGGAAGCUCGAACGGUCAUCAAAUCUCGUAUGAAGUCAAGAAGCACCACUGGAUCUGGCCAGGAUGAGGUCGGCCCAUAGGUGCGGAAUGUGGCGUUUGCUCUUGCGUAUUGUUUGAAGUUAAGGUCAUUGAUAUUGCGCUAGUUGCUGUUACUUUUUGUCUAGUCUGUGCUGUCAGGCUGUCAGACUCUCUCUCUCUCUCAUGGAGCCAUUAUGUUGUGGAGUGCAGGACCGCUAGAGGAUGUUUGUGGCCGUAGGGUUGAAGCUAGGCUGGGCGGCAUGGCACUAGGGUACUUUGAAUCGUUGCCUGGCCCCAACUUAUCAAUUCAAUGAACUUUAC